AUGGAAAUGGAGGAGAAAGAUCAGAGAGAUGUUGAUCAGAUCGAAGCCAGGCUGAAGGAGGCGUUUACGGACGACACGUUUUCAGCGUACAGAAAACUGACCAUGGUCAGGUGGACCGGCGAAUGUGUGGACGUCUACGCGAACAACAUCAGGCAGCUUGUUGGAUUGGCUGGGUUCGAGGGAGCUGAGAUGGAAAGGCUCACCAAACUAGCCUUCGUUGAAGCUCUGACUGUGGGGGAGUUAUUAGCAAGAACUAGAGUGCCGAUAACAAUCGGUGAUGAAAGCCAGGACGUAGUUACGGCUGUGCGCCCACCCCGUAGUAACGACGCGUCUCCCAUCAAGGGUGGUCCAAUCACAAGUGUGACUUGUUUCAGGUGCAACAGCAAAGGCCACAUAGCAAAAGACUGCUGCAAGCGCAGAACACACUGCAGAACACACUGCUAUCGAUGCGUGGAGGUUGGACACUGGGCUCGAGACUGUUCGGGGAACAGAGGACAAGGCAUCAGCGCCCACCAUUUUCCCAAAUCAAUAUGUAAAUACAGCGUUCCAUGUGACAAACAUACUUGUCGAUGGUACUUGGUGUUCGGCGCUGAUUGA